UCUCAAGCACUUUGUAAAACGGCAGCCAAAAAGGCAAUUACGGCACGCUGCCGUGGCUGUAAAGGCGCUGGAAACGGUCUCACAGCCGAACGCGCCACAGUCAGCCCGAGAAACCGCGCGUGCGGCAGUUCGCGCAUUCACCAGCGGCCAAUUCGGCAAAACGCAGUUUGGCCUCAAAAAACGGCCGCACCGCCGCGCCAGUGCAUUAUUCCCACAGGAAGCCGCAGCCCAGCCCAGGGUCGCGCUGCGGAACCAAGUUUCCGCGCGCCGGCCGCCCGGAAAUUCAAACACCGUGCGUCAGUUGCGGGCCUGCACCGUAGCCGCGGCAUCGACGCCGAGUAACCGCGGAACGGCGGCUUGGAACCCAUGUUGCAGGACGACUCAUCAACAAGCUCCGACGACGCGCCGCUCGUGACCCAGGACAGCCUCCCCGAGCCGACCAAGCUCCGCGACGUCUGUAGGUGCAAGAACUCCAAGUGCCUGAAGCGCUACUGCGUCUGUUUUGAGAGGGGCGACGCGUGUAGGGACACCUGCGAGUGCGUGAACUGCGAGAACACGAAAGAUAGCGCCGUAGCGAAGCAGCAGCGGAGAGCCGCCGCCUCUAGAAAACGGAAAGUGACGGAAGGUGGCUGCACCUGCAAGAAGAGCCGGUGUUUGAAGCGGUACUGCGACUGCUUCCGGGCGGGCAUCAAGUGCGUGGCCGAGUGCAAGUGCAUCGACUGCCAGAACGGCCGGCCCGCGGGGGCGGUACCCAUGGCACCACGGGCGCCGCCUCCACUCAUGACCCUGCCGCCGUCGCCGCACCCGCUGAAGCGCGCGGCGACGGCGCCGCCGGCGCCCACCCCAAACAAGGUCUCGGCCGCCGAGGCGCUCCAGGCCCUGUUCGCCGCGACGCCGGCGCCCGCCGCGCGCUUCGUGGACAGCGACGCGCGGCCGGCGUCGCCCUUCUUGGCGAUUGGCGAGCCGGGCGUGACUGUUGUCGGUCCGGCGAAAUCGCCCUUGGAGCGCUCCGCGACGCAAGUGACGGAAGAUCGGGACUCCCCGAAGUCCGUCCUCGCGUCGCUCGAGACGACGCGCUUCUGCCACUUCGUGAGCGACGCGCCCCUGGGCGUGGUGCUCGAGGGCACGGACGACGGGGGCGUCGUCGUGAAGAGCGUGACGCCUGACGGUUUGAUAUGGCGUCCGUACUUUGUUUUUCUUGAACGUGAUGUGGUCGCGUCGAUGGCGUCUUCAUGACCACGAGAGCGUCUACUCACGGGUCGCGUCUACGCAGGCGCGGCGGAGGCGCGCUUCGGCGUCAAGGUCGGCGAGCGCGUCUGGCGCGUGAACGGCCGCGCCGUCGGCGAGGCGCUCAACUUCCAGGGCGUCAUCGAGCUGUGCCGGCGGCGCCCGGUGGCGCUCGACCUCGUGGGCGCCGAGGCCUAGGCCACCACCCCCCACCCGCGCGUGGACCCGCGCAAGUCUAACAACGGCCAAUUAGAGCUACUAUGUACAGGGGCGGUGGCGGUCGCCCGAGUCAUACGACGAACGUCGACGCGAGAGAGAAGGAAAG